AUGCGUUUCACCUCCAUCAUCGUCACCGGCGCUUUCGCCGUCCUGGCCGCCGCCCAGUCUACCACCACCACCUCCGCUUCCGCUGCCUCCUCCGCCCAGGCUGUCAUCGAGAAGUGCCUGUCUGGCUGCCCUGCUACCGACGUCAACUGCCAGGCCAAGUGUAUCUCUGUCCCCAACCCCAACGAGGACCAGGUCAACAAGACCACCGCCUGCGUCGCCAAGUGUGAUCAGGGUGACGGAUCUGCAGCUCAGACUGAAAAAUACGCCCAAUGCACCCAGAAGUGUAUCGCUGAGAACUACUUCAGCAGCGGCGCUACCCCCGCUGCCACCGCUGGAUCUGGAUCCGGCUCGGGCUCAAGCGGUAGCGCAACUGCUGCCACUGCUACCGGUUCCGCCGCCACCGGCUCUGCCUCUGGCACUGCCACCCGCGCUUCCGGCUCAUCUGCUGCCUCUGGCACCGAGGCUGCUUCCAGCUCAUCAUCUACCGCCAACGCUGCUGCCCCCGCCCUGGUUGGCUCUGCUUCAUUCGGUGUUAUUGGUCUCAUCGGCGCCGCUCUCCUUAUCUAA